GAACAUCGAACAGCCGGCGAAGCUUCAGCGUUAGCAGCAGCAGCAGUAAAUCGACACGCAUGCGCACAAAAUAAAAUUUGCAGUGCCAAAAAAAUAAAAUAUCCAAACACAAACAAGCGUGAGAGAGUCGUUUGUGAACAUGCCACAUGCUUGUGGCACUGAGAUGUUGCUACAAAGAUGAUUGAGGCCUUUGCGAAUCAUUUGAGCAGCCAUUUGGGACGUCAUCUCUUUUAUUGGGCAGUGGAUACGAGCAUACCGCGUGGUGUGAGCAGCUCCAACUACGGCCUCAAUCUGCGUCUCUCGGAGUUAAUAAAUAAAUUUCAUGCGCCGCUCGAGCGCGGCGUCCAAGUGCUGGAUCACUUGCUGACGCUUGAGGAGGACGACUUCACCGGGCAUUGGGGCAGCGCCUAUGCGCACAACUAUGAGCCGGAAUACGCUGCUCGGGUACCGGAAAACGAGGAAUUGCCGCCACCCGAGCAACAACAGCAGCAGCAGCAACGCAACCACAUGGAGACUCUGAACAAUGGCAAUGGGCUGUUGCUGCAUUCGCCACCGCACAAUCAUCAGCAGCAGCAGCAGCAACAGCAGCAGCAGCCACGCGGCGCUGCAGUCAGCUCACCUGGAUCUGGUUCAGCUGCAGGCAGCGCUGCUGAUCACAACAUACAAAUCACGCAGCCUAUAAGUGCGCCAUCAUCGCCGCUUGCCUCGCCCGGCGCCUUGAACAGCAGCAGCAACAGCGGCAGCAGUCCCACCACAUUCUGCCUGCCCUCCAGUUCGACAGCAGCUGCAGCUGUUAUUGCCACAUCGACGCCCAGCAGCGGCAGCGGCUCGUAUGUCUGUGCAGCGGGCAGCAAUAGCAGCUAUGCGGCUGUGGGCGCUUGCAAUGCCAUUGACACGGCCGAUCCCAACUGGCAGGCCAGCAAGGCGACGGUGCUGGAACGCAAUGCGGCGAUGUUCAACAAUGAGUUGCUCUCAGAUGUCAAGUUUAUUGUAGGCGGCGAGUUCGACAUUGAUCCUGUACAAACUAUACCCGCGCACAAGUAUAUACUUGCCACAGGCAGCUCUGUGUUUUAUGCCAUGUUCUAUGGCGGCAUGGCGGAGAACAAGCAGGAGAUUAAGGUGCCUGAUGUGGAACCAACAGCCUUCUUAACGCUGUUAAGAUAUCUUUAUUGUGAUGAAAUCAAACUGGAACCUGAGCACAUAUUGGCCACGCUGUAUGCUGCAAAGAAAUACAUUGUGCCACAUUUGGCACGCGCCUGUGUAAACUAUUUGGAAGUCAAGUUGACGGCAAAAAACGCGUGCCUACUUCUCAGUCAAUCGCGUCUGUUCGAGGAGCCCGAGCUGAUGCAACGUUGCUGGGAAGUAAUCGACGCACAGGCCGAGAUGGCAGUUAAGUCCGAGGACUUUGUCGACAUUGACUUGAAGACGUUCGAGUCUAUAUUGUCGCGUGAGACGCUCAACUGCAAGGAAAUUCAUUUGUUUGAGGCGGCGCUCAAUUGGGCACUGAAUGCCUGCGAGAAGAUGAGCAUUGAUGAAAACGCUCAGAACAAGCGUCGACUGCUGGGACAGGCGCUGCAUUUGAUACGCAUACCCACCAUGACGCUGGAGGAGUUUGCCAAUGGUGUGGCACAAACGGGUAUUCUAACCUCACAGGAAACUAUCGACAUGUUUCUGCAUUUUACGGCCAAGGUCAAGCCUAGUCUAAGCUUUCCUACGCGCUCGCGUGCUGGACUCAAGACACAAGUUUGCCAUCGCUUUCAGUCAUGCGCCUAUCGCUCGAAUCAAUGGCGCUAUCGUGGACGCUGCGACUCCAUACAGUUCUCAGUGGAUCGCAGAAUAUUCAUAGUGGGCUUUGGCUUGUAUGGCUCCUCCACAGGCGCCGCCAACUAUAAUGUAAAGAUUGAGCUCAAGCGCUUGGGUCGCACGCUGGCUGAGAAUGAUACCAAGUUCUUUUCGGAUGGCAGCAGCAACACCUUUCAUGUAUUCUUCGAAAAUCCCAUACAAAUCGAACCUGAAUGCUACUACACCGCCUCAGUGAUAUUGGAUGGCAAUGAGCUGAGCUUCUUUGGCCAGGAGGGCAUGUCUGAGGUGCUGAUGGGCAAUGUUACAUUCCAAUUCCAGUGCUCGUCUGAGAGCACCAAUGGCACAGGUGUCCAAGGCGGACAAAUACCAGAAUUGAUAUUCUAUGGACCCACUACAGUCACAGCAUUGAAUUCACCUACAAAUUCGAUAUGCAACACGCCGCUCGGCAACACAAGCGCUACUGUUAACAGCAGCGGCAAUGGACAAGCGAACGGAGGCGGCGGCAACAAUGUGAAUAAUGCUGGCGAGGAGCUGCACCUUAGCGGCACUACGGCCAGCAGUGAUAGCAGUACUUGAUGCGCACAGCUCUACUGUGCUGAAUGGCAGGGCGCCUGCUACUAUCGGCAGCAGCAGCAGCAACA